AAGUGUCGCAGUUUGGUGUCACGUCCAUGUAUUUGAAGGGAGGUUUAUAACGUUUGUAGUGUCGAUCUGCCUUGUAGUAUAUAUUUUAGUAUAUUAACAUAUUUCCUGUUUAUCUUCCUUCUGUUCCUGAUGUGCUUUUCUGCAUAAACCGGGUACUGUGAUGCUGUCCUACAGAAAGUGAGACGGAAUCACAAAAUUGAUACUUAGUGAUGCUACUACACAUUUGAAAGCAAAUAUCUCCUCCGUCGCCCAGGCGAAGAUGCUGAAGACGGAGGCUUCAGCAGAAAGGACCACCCUGAGGAGUGCCUCUCCGCACAGGAAUGCCUACAGGGCAGAGUUUCAGGCUCUCAAGAAGGCCUUCGACCAGCCGCGACAAGAUGGCGAAACCAAGAACAAAGAUCCAGAGCGAAUCCGGCAGCCACGUGGUCGGCAGUAUGGUGCACACGUCAGCCGAAUCAAGGACAUGUUCAUGCAGAUGGGCACGGAGAACACGGGUUCUGGGAGGCUUCGAGCAAGAGACGAGACAUCUCCACAGAAACUUACCAAACCGACCAAUUUCAUUAACCGGGCAGAUGGCUCAGUAAUCAAACUACAGCAUACUGAGAGAACUGGCAACUCAAAGUUCUCAGAGACAAGGAAGCUCUUUGAGCAGAGCUCCAGAGAUACAUCUCAGUCCCCUGUGUACACAUACGGCAGAGAUAAGAGGGGUUCUCAUGAGCAUUUGGAUGAUUGGCGAGGGGCACGUUCCAACAGGGGCAGCACAGACUCCUUGGACAGUCUUUGCUCACGAGCAGAGGCGUCUUCACCAACAGUCAGCCAGCUCAGUGCUGUGUUUGAGAAUUUAGACCAUCAAGGCUCGGGUUCCACUUUCCGUAGGGGUCGUGCUCUUUAUUCACCAGAUAGCUCACUAAGACACGGAGACGCAAGUGAGGAUGACGCCAGCCUUCGUCAGUCUCCAUCACAAGGUAUGUGCAUGACACGUGUUGGGAACAAGCACGCUCUUCCAGUUUCAUCCUCCUCAGAAGAUCUUCUCAGUCCCAGCCCUUUGUCUGAGCAGGUGCAGGCUACCGAGGAGAAUAAGGUCCAGGAGAGGAUUGUAGCAGAACAUGGGAAUGUAGGAAGCAGUGAGGCUGUAGAUGGUUCUAGAGAGCAGAUGCGGAGUGAAGAUGCUUCUGGAGAUUGCACAAACUCUGCUCAAGUUAAUGACACGUCAGUGUAUAACAAACCACAAAAGGAUACACCUGACUCAGUUGACAGCAAGGUUCAAAAGGAUAUAGAUGAGCCUAAAGAUGAUUCUAGCUGGAUAGCAUCUUAUCCUCCUGAAGAGCCCAAUGAGGAAUACUGUGGCAAUGAGAGGGUUAUUUACAAUGCUGACGGAGAUGCUUGCUACCAGGGCUGGGGAGAGAGCUGCACCGAUGUGGAGGAUGAUUUGUAUGGGGAUGAUGAUGUUAACUAUGAUCCUGGAUCAGAGAUUACCGAGAUCCCUGGCCUGCCUGAGGAGGAAAAAGAAGAUAUACCUCCAAAACGGAAAAUUCGAUUCAGCACUGCUGUGAUAACGGUCUUUAAUACCUACUCAAACGAGGAUUACGAUCGCAGGAAUGAGGAGGUGGAUCCAGUGGCAUCUUCGGCAGAGUAUGAACUGGAGAAGAGAGUCGAGAAACUGGAACUUUUCCCAGUGGAGCUGGAAAAGGAUGACGAUGGUUUGGGGAUCAGCAUUAUUGGCAUGGGAGUAGGUGCAGACGCAGGCUUGGAGAAGCUGGGCAUCUUUGUCAAGACUGUCAUUGAAGGUGGAGCUGCAGAAAGAGAUGGAAGGAUUAAGGUGAACGAUCAGAUUGUGGAAGUCGACAGCACCAGUCUGGUGGGUGUGACGCAGAGCUUCGCUGCCUCUGUGUUGAGGAACACUCAAGGAGUGGUCAGGUUUGUGAUAGGCCGGGAGCGUCCAGGGCAAGAGAGUGAGGUAGCUCAGCUGAUCAGUCAGACUCUGGAGCAGGAGAGGCGUCAGAGAGAGAUGAUGGAGCAGCAGUAUGCACAGUAUGAUGCUGAUGACGACGAGACGGGAGAGUAUGCCACUGAUGAGGACGAGAACGUCGGACCUGGCAGAACUGAGAAGGACGUAACCAUUGAGGUUUUUGACUUGCCUGAAAACGAAGACCUCAUUUCACCAUCAGAGCUGGACGCCACCAAACUAUACCAGAAAUUCAGAGAGCUACAAAUCAAACACACUGUCACUGAGGCUGAGAUCCAGAAACUCAAGAGCAAGCUGGCAUCAGUGGAGAAAGAGAAGGCCCGCUGGGAGCGAGAGAGAAGCCAACUGAAGCAGAGCAUUGAGGAUAAUAAGGAAAGGAUGUUAAAGCUGGAAAGCUACUGGAUCGAGGCUCAGACUCUCUGCCACACUGUCAACGAGCACUUAAAAGAGGCUCAGAACCAGUACCAAACCCUGGAGAAGAAAUACAACAAAGCCAAGAAACUGAUCAAGGAUUUCCAGCAGAAGGAGGUGGAGUUUGCCCAGAGGGAAGAGGCAGAGAAGAAGAGACUUGAGGACGUGGAAAAGGCUCAUUUAGAUGAGAUCCAUGGGCUGCAAGUGAGGAUUACAGCACUAGAGUCAGAGCUGAUGCAGCUGAUGAAACAAAAUGGCAUUCAGGUAAACAACAACAACAACAAUGGUGUGAGCAGCUGCCCACAGCUGAGCGAGAGAGGUGCUGUGCUGCAGUUUCCUGAGAGAUGCCUCGCUACAGGAGGGUCAGACGAGCGUGUAGGCAGCGGCCUGGUGAAGGGUCAGACGCAGAUGAUUGGAGCCUUCAGCAGUGUACAAGACAGCAGCAGUUCUACUGUUGGCGUGGACGUCCUCCAGCGGAGGAGUUCUCACAUCCUUCCCACUGCCAUACGUGAGUCCAUGGCCCCCAGGGUGCCAGAGAGUGAUGGUCCUCUAGAUGUGUCAAGCCUAUCCCAAGGUCAUGAUGAAAAAUGCAGGAAGAAGCAUGUGGACCUGGGCUCCACAGACCCAUCAGUAGAGAAACCAAGCAAGGAGAAACGCACAAGCAAGGCUUCUACUGUAAUGGAUGACAUCAGCAUGAGCAGCUCCAGCUCAGGAGAGUUGUGCGAUUUGUUCGCCGAGCCCAAGAUGACAGGCCACUCACACACGCUAGAGCUCUCAUCAGAUGAGGAUGUAGGGCAGCGGUUGAAGCAGCACCAGUGGCAGAACCGCAGUGUGCAGGACUGGUCGUGUCAGCAGGUGUGUCUCUGGCUCAUGGGCCUGAACCUGGAGCAGUACAUCCCUCAGUUCACUGCCAAGAACGUGGAUGGAGAGCAGCUCCUGCUACUCGACAGUGAUGCACUCAAAGAUCUAGGUGUAGCCUCUUCUCAGGACCGCGCUGUGUUUAAGAAGAAGCUGAAGGAUCUGAGAGUGCUGAUGGAGAAGGCCUGCAGGAAACACGAGAAACUGCAGAAGCAGAAACAGAAAGAACUGGAGCGAGCACAGAACGAGUGUCACAAAAACAGCAAGACCUCUGAGCCAAGAGUACUGCAGAGUGGCAACAUUCAGUCACGAAAAUAACUUCUAAGAGAUGAGUCUUGUAUUUUAUGGUACUCUAGUCUGGGCUCCAUUUAGCAGACAUCAGACAUCUCACUGGAAAAUGCACUGCUAAUGAACUGCCACUGGAGAACAUAAACCAAACCAUCCUGAAUAACUGAUUCUUUUAACUGUAUUUAAAAUUUUCUUUUCAACGGGUUUAAACUGCUUGCUCAUCUAAAAUUAUUUAUUUUCAUUUUAGCUUGAAAUGUAUUAACAAUAAUUCUGGCAUUUCAAGGACCUUUAAACAUUACAAAUUUGCAUAUAUAUAUAUAUUUCAUGUGCCAUUUUCUAUUGAGACCAAGAUGUGUGGUUUAAUCUGUGUAAAAAAAUCUCAUGGCUUAAAGCACAGGUGAUGGAGAUGCAGUGCUGCUCUCAUACUGUCCAAAAGCUCGAGUGCUGCUCACUGGAAAUAAUGAAAUCUUACUGUGAAAAGAGAGCCAUUCCAAGUAUUCCAAGAAAUAUCCCAGACCUGGCACUAAAUCCAUCAUACUUUGUGGAUACUGUAUACCUGUAGCUGUAUUAACACUUCAGUCUGCUGUUUAGUGUCCUGUAUCCCUCAGUGACAGAAAAACGCAAGUCUGCUGUUCAGAGCCUAGUGCAAGAAAAGAAACAGCGAGGAAUAAUAAAGUGGACGCCUGAACAUGUGACUGUGCAGCCACACUGGAAAAGCCGAUACCGAAAACGCACUCCAAAGAAGACAGAACGGAUCGCCGAGAUGUCCUGCUGCUUCUUCUUCCUCACCGCUACCUGCUUUUAGUCGUUAUUUGACUGCAUUUGACUCAAGUGCUGCCUUCUGAACUACCGCUGUAUAGAUUUUGUAUAGAAUAGCCGCUCUGAGUGUGUGAAACCCCCUGACUACGGUAGUCUCAACAUCUGAAUGGUGUUCAGUAGCUAACAAACCUGCACUUAAAGCAGACUUAUUCAAAUGUAUUAUUUAAUGCAUAUUAUAUAAAUGUUAUUUUAUUUCCCCGGACAGUGGGAUGAGAUUCGUUUUGUCCAUCAGACUGCUGUGUUCAUGCUUAGCUCAGCACCAUAUCAUGGGGAAAAAAAGUAUUCCAAAAUACUUUUAAUUCAAUAUAUAUAAUACUAGCAAGUAUUGAUCCUAAUCCAUGACUCUAUUGUGAUUUUUUUUAAUGUACAUUCAAUACAUGAGAUAUUUCUAUCAGAUAUCCUGUCGCUUAUUUAAUAUUCAGCUGUAGUUUAGUAGCUCUUCAUUCGCUUUGUUGUUUUUACUGAUGCAAUUCUACAUGUUUGUGUUCAUAUUUCUACAUCUUCGUGUUUCCCUUCUGUAAUCAGUUCCAUGUUUACAUUUGAAAAUUGUGAUGAUUUCAAUAGAAACACAAAUGCAGCGCUGCAGGGUAUCAGGCUGCGCUGAAUCAUUGUGUGAAUCCUAAAAGUUCUCACAAGGUAUGUUGGUCUUUGCUCCACAUAUGCUUGUAUUUCCUGUCAUUUAGCUACAGUGUGUUAGAAACUUUUUUCUUAUAAGGAGUUUGUUUGAAUUAUUUAUUUUUCAAAUCUUAAAAAAUAUUGAAAAAAAAAGCACCUGAUGUAAUUUAUCAACAAAAUAUUAUAUAGUCAUAUUUAUGCCAAAAAUCUUUCUGAAGUGAUCUGUCUAUCCCUGUGAUCAAUUAGUUUCUAUCCUUUAUGUCGAUCCACCGUAAAUGUUUAAAAAUCAGACUGCUGCUUUCAGAUUUCUGUCAGUCAGCAACAUGCCAUGACUUUUAUAUAUAUGACAGUUAAAAGCAAUAUGGGAACUUCAGCUUUUAAGAGAUGUUGUCUCUUUGCUAUGGGAUGCCUAUAUGAAUGUGUGUAUGCACAGGAUAAUCAUGGGUGAUGCUGGCGGUCAUGACUCAUAAUCAUUAUUAGACUAACACACACAUUGCUGAAACUGUGUGCACCUUCUCCAAACGAGUGCUCCAUCAGUCUUCAGAUGCACAAACAAGGCAGCUGUUCAUCAGUUUGUAGAAACGGUUUCUGCCCCGUUUAUUCGCUUCUGUGCUUUCUGCAAAGUUUCUUGUUUUCCUAAAUAGUCAAGGCGUUAGCUCCUUCCACUGCAGAUCAAAUGCAAAGCCCUGAAAUUACAGAGCUGCUCCUUUUUCCACCGUUCUGUUAACUCACAGCUGCAUGAAGGACCCAAGGUGCCAUGUGUCCCUUAGUUCCAGGACCGUCAUAUUUUCCAUGUUUUUAUUUUUGAGAGGUUAAAGUUGUCACUUAUGUUGACUUGUAAAUACACCUCCAAAUGACACAACCAUUCCCCGAAAUACAACCAAGGUUCAUUCCAA